AUGAACGGUGUGGAGCUGCAGGAGUUGGCCACUGUGGGCAGGACAGCCGACAGAGGGGCCAGUCCAGGCCCCGUCCCAGUGAGGAGCGGGGCCAGAGGCUUCCACAAUGCCUCCUACCUACAGGAUGAGGAACUACAGGAGAGUGGCAAUUGUGCGCCCGCAACCUCAGCUAACAGUAACGCAAAGGCCGAUUCUCCGCAGCAACAUCAGGACCUGUGCUACGAAGAUGAGGACGGCACCGAGCCUGCUGAGUCUCAUGAUCUUCGCGAGUACCACCAGCACCCGGGGGAUGACCACUCUGCAGACUACGGCUUCAUAUUCGCUCUGGUCUUCCUGGUUAGCGGCAUCGUGCUAGUGGUCAUCGCGUACACCAUUCCACGCGAAGCCAAAGUGGACCCGGACACGAUAUCGGCUCGCCAGAUGGAAAAACUGGAACUGUACUAUGCCCAGUUAGGAUCGCACCUGGACAAAUGUAUUAUCGCGGGUUUGGGGUUGCUAACUUUGGGCGGAAUGUUCUUGUCCGUCCUACUGAUGGUGUCGAUUUGCAGAGGGGAGAUGUACAGGCGGAGAGCGGCGUUCGUAAGGCCCAAAAGGACUUAUGGAUCCAUAAAUAUGCGAAUGAAACAGCUAGCUACUGGGGAGGCCAUCGAAGGAGCACAUGGAGGAGAGAAUUUUCUAGUUGAAAUGAGGAAUAACGGACAAUGUGGAACGAGCAGAGACGCUAAAACGGAAGCAGGACCAUCUACGGCUUGA